UAAAAGUUGAUUAUUAAUCAUUUAAUUAUUAAAGUAAUGAAAUUACUUAUAUGAAUUUAGGUUCUGAACCUUCAUGGGUUAAGUGCCAAAGAGAGAUAGAGAUGGAGUAUCCAGAAGAUUUGCAGACUUCUCUAUUCGCACACGAUCAAUACAUCGCCUUUAUGCAAGAUCUGACCUAUAAAUAGUUGUAAAGCUAGCUGAAGCCAUGCUUCUUAUCUCGAUUGCCCCUCACGCUGAUAAGCAGCGGGAAAUCAAAGUUGAGGAAAUGAUUGCCAAAUCCCCAGUGUUAGUCCACUUUAGUUGCCAAUUUCCUAGCCACACAGCUUCCAGUCUGAAUGAGAGUGUGUGUGUGUGUGUGUAUGUGUGUGUAAGUGUGUGAGGCCUCAUAACUUUCCACGGCGGGUCGAAACUUGUGAAAUUCUUGGCUACCAGCAGAGGAGCUAGCAAAGCACCUCGACAGCAGCUGGGCCAGCUUUUCAGUCCGCUUUUCACCCCCUCUUAUGGCCCUACCCUCACCUAACACAACAACACACUGUCGCCGGCAGUUUUUGCCCAUAAAAACGGCAACGGCAACGGCAACGACGAAAACGAAAAUUUAACGACUGCGCAACGUGACGCAUUAUUUGUCUGGCCUGGCUUGGCUUGGCUUGGUUGGUCCCUGGUCUUCUGGUCUUCUGGUCUCUUGUCUGCCUGCCGACUGCUGCCUGCAGCAAAGCUAUAGCUGCCGCCAGAAAUUGCUUUUGCUCGCUGGAAUAUAUAUAUACAUACAUAUGUAUGUAUGUGUAUGUGUUUUUGCGGCCUGUGCCUCUGCAUCCGCUCCCCGCACUACGUCCCUCCCCCUGCGCCUCCCCCAAUCUGAAGUCUCCACACUCCACGCUGCCGUUUUUAGUAUUUCGCACUCUGUGCACGGCAAACAUUUUUGCAUGACUGACUGAAUGCCGCCGCCUGCGCCUGCGACUCACUCACACACUCGCAAACUCGCAAGCCACACCGAUGCACUGGGGCCAGACGAUGCACUCGCCGAAUACGGGUGUACUAGUUGGGUGUACUAGUCAGGUGGACUUACUAGAAAUUGGAAUAGAUUUAGGAUCAAUUUUCAUACAGAUUUUUUUUUUAAUUGGAAUACGAACCUUGGAAUACACUGUUCCUUCAGUUCAGCGAGAUCUUUUCUUUAAAUAGGUUUAAAGGCAAAUAAACUUUAAAAUCAGUCAAUUAAAUGUAUUUAACUCGAAAUAUUGCAUUGCUCUAUCAGCAUACUUUUGGGAAAUCUGUUUCUGUAGUGCAAUAAAUUUUAAAAGUACCAAGGUAAUCUAACCCACGUUUUUUCCAAGUGUAUCCAGCGCAGUGCGAUAGGAAGGGGGACGAGAAAAGUCAGAGGCAGCGGAACCGGGAGCGUGAGUGGAAAAGAGGGAGCGGGAGCAGCAGGCUCGUGGAGUAACUGUUGGCUGGUCUCUCGGUCGUCGCUCGUCCGUCUCUGUCUCGCUGUCUUUCUGUCUCUGCGUCGCUGGCCUGGCGUGUUUAUAAUUUGAUUUCGCUGCUUCUUUCCUGCCCCGACUUCUUUUUGCUUAGUGGGCAAAGGGGGAGUGAGAAGGAGAUGGGCAAUUGGGGAGCAGAGCAGAGCAGAGCGAGCAGCGCAUUUCCUGUCGCUCGCAGCUCGUUUUUGGGCCUAGGCCUAAGGAUGGAAUCUUAAUGAAGUUAUUGCGUUAACAGUUUGGAGAGCACUGGCUGCUCAUUGAUGGUCAUGGAUCGCAACUAACUCGUGGGAAAGAGAGAAGGGAGAUAUCUCCCGCCCUGACGAAUUCCAGCGUACGCCAUUGGGCUGACCAAAGCCUAAUAAUUGCUCUUUUUCUCUCAGUCAUUUAGUGGUGGUGUGUGUGUGUGUGUGUGUUUCCCAUUUGAGCAUGCAUUUGGCAUUCACCGUUAGCCGGCGGACAAGUGAAACAGCAGGAGCUGCCCAUUGAAAAAAGUGCCCGCGCGAAACAAGGACAAAAAAAGAACGUGGUGACCCAACUUUGAGCGCUUAAGAUGGCGCCAAAAAAGUCCACCAUUGUGCUCAAUGUGGAGCAGUUUAUUCACGACAUCGAGGAGCGUCCGGCCAUCUGGAACCGAAAUUUCCACUGCAACAAGGCCUUCCUUGAGCAGAUGUGGGACGAGCUGAGCGGAGCGCACAAGCUGCCGAGUGAGGUGUACGUUUUGGAUGAUGGCGCCGAGGUGGAUCUCGAUCUGGGUAACUAUGAACGAUUUCUGGAUAUCACCUUGCAUCGGGACAAUAACAUAACCACGGGCAAGAUUUACCAGUUGGUCAUUGAGAAGGAGCGCACUGGCGAGUACUUGGGCAAAACCGUACAAGUUGUCCCACACAUCACGGAUGCCAUCCAGGAAUGGGUUGAGCGCGUGGCCCAGACUCCUGUCCAGGGCUCCUCGAAGCCACAGGUGUGCAUUGUGGAACUGGGAGGCACCAUUGGCGAUAUCGAGGGUAUGCCUUUCGUGGAGGCCUUCCGUCAGUUUCAGUUCCGUGUGAAGCGGGAGAAUUUCUGUUUGGCCCAUGUGUCAUUGGUUCCGCUGCCCAAGGCCACCGGAGAGCCAAAGACGAAGCCCACCCAGAGUUCGGUGCGUGAACUUAGGGGUUGUGGCCUGAGUCCCGAUUUGAUUGUCUGCCGUUCGGAGAAACCCAUCGGACUGGAGGUCAAGGAGAAAAUCAGCAACUUUUGUCACGUGGGUCCGGAUCAGGUUAUAUGCAUCCAUGAUUUGAGCUCCAUUUAUCAUGUUCCGCUGCUAAUGGAGCAGAAUGGAGUCAUUGAGUACCUUAACGAGCGACUGCAGCUCAAUAUUGACAUGAGCAAGAGGACCAAAUGUCUGCAGCAGUGGCGUGAUUUGGCCCGUCGCACGGAGACGGUUCGCCGCGAAGUAACCAUCGCCAUCGUGGGCAAGUAUACCAAAUUCACGGACUCGUAUGCCUCCGUGGUGAAGGCCCUGCAACAUGCCGCCCUGGCUGCGAAUCGCAAACUGGAACUGGUCUUCAUCGAAUCGUGCCUGCUGGAGGAGGAAACCCAGUUGUCGGAGCCGAGCAAGUACCACAAGGAGUGGCAGAAGCUAUGCGAAAGCGAUGGCAUCCUUGUGCCCGGUGGCUUCGGCUCUCGCGGCAUGGAAGGCAAAAUCCGAGCUUGCCAGUGGGCACGAGAGAAUCGAAAGCCCUUCUUGGGCAUCUGUUUGGGUCUGCAAGCGGCAGUUAUUGAAUUUGCCCGCAGUAAAUUGGGUCUAAAGGAUGCGAACACCACGGAAAUCGAUCCGAAAACGGCCAAUGCGUUGGUCAUUGAUAUGCCAGAACAUCACACGGGUCAAUUGGGUGGCACUAUGCGUUUGGGCAAACGAACUACGGUGUUCGCCGAAGGUCCCAGCAUCCUCCGUCAGUUGUAUGGCAAUCCCAAGACCGUGGAGGAGCGUCAUCGACAUCGUUACGAGGUUAAUCCCAAGUAUGUACCCCGGCUCGAGGAGCAUGGCAUGCGAUUUGUGGGCACCGACGUGGACAAAACCCGGAUGGAGAUCAUAGAGCUUAGUGCUCAUCCGUACUUUGUGGCCACGCAAUACCAUCCUGAGUACCUGUCGCGGCCCCUGAAUCCCUCGCCUCCGUUCCUCGGCCUGAUCCUGGCCUCCGUGGAUCGGUUGUUCCACUAUAUUCAGCGCGGUUGCCGUCUGUCGCCCCGCCAGUUAUCGGAUGCCUCUUCCGAUGAGGAGGACAGUGUUGUGGGCUUGGCCGGCGCAACAAAGUCGCUGAGGGUUUUGAAGAUCCCAAACACACCGAAGACCACCAAGAAUGGAAUUUCGAAUGGCUGCAAUGGUAGCUCCAGCACUUCCGAAGGAGAAGGAGCCUGCGGAGGCGUUGACAUCACCAAUGGUCACCAGUGAACCAAGGAACGGAUCCCCAAGCCUGGUAGUGUUUGACAUCCGCUUUUCAGCUAUGCUCCACUUAUCUCUGUAUGCAAAAGUUUGCGAUAUCGGGAGCAUGUCUUGGUGUGUAUAAUAGGGUGGUGUCGAUUUAAACAUUUUUUUAAUGUUUUAUUGAAGUGGCAUAAAGUAAACCCACUUUUAAAUCUUUACAAAUUUUCUUUAGUUUGUACAAGUUAAAUAUUUAAUAAAUCUCGUACAAGGGUACACGUUUUUCGUAUAUUUUACAAUAUUAUAUUUUUCUUCAAAAAUUGAAAAGAUUGUAUAUUAUUCGAGUGAUUUGUUAUUUAAACAAUGUUUAAAUAUGUUAAUAUAUGGGCAUAGUCGUGGACUUAUAUAUAUAUAGAACAUCAAAAUAUAUAGAUUGUCCUUAAGAUCCUUAAAAAUCGACACACCCUAAUUUGUCUUCUUGAUCGAAAACAAAAAUAGUUUAUAAUCUCCUUGAAUUACGACUAAAGUUACAUGCUAUAAUAA